AUGCUUGCAGUUGAUCGUGGUGAUUUUGCACCAACUCAUAGCUAUGGGGAUUACCCCGUAUCAAUUGGAUAUGGAGCCACGAUAAGUGCCCCUCAUAUGCAUGCUUUCGCUCUAGAGUUAUUGAAGGAUCAUUUGAAGGAAGGUGAUAAAGCACUUGAUGUUGGUUCUGGAUCCGGCUAUUUAACGGCUUGUAUGGCAAUAAUGGUUGGUAAAACCGGCAAAGUAGUCGGAAUUGACCACAUUGAUGAGCUCGUUAAUUUAUCACGUCAUAAUAUCAACAAACACCACGGUGAUCUGUUAUCGGAAAACAGAAUUAUUCUCGUAGUAGGUGAUGGAAGAAAAGGGUAUGAGGCAGAAGCACCAUAUAAAGCGAUCCACCUAAUUGAUCAGUUAGCAAUUGGAGGUCGAAUGUUCAUUCCGACUGGCCAUGAAAAUGGCGUUCAACGACUUAUGCAGGUUGAUAAAGAUGAGCAGUCGCAGAUAAAAACAAUGCCUUUAAUUGGCGUAAGAUAUGUUCCUCUCACUGAUUAUGCUUCGCAGCUCCGUGUUAAAGUGUUUGAUGAAAAUGCAUAA